CCGGUCUGCUCUGCCGCUGGACUUCGUGUGUGCGUUGGGGGUAGUGCUUGUUUAUUUACUGGGCAAUUUCUUAAAUAUCGCGUUUAGCUCACAAUAAGUUCAGCAGUGCAGGCAGUUUGAGUAAAGCGAGAAGUGUGCUGCACAGGGACACAACGGUCAGUAAAAGUUCACAGGUUGCCAGGAUACAUCCAGGCGACAAAGGCUGAGGUUCCUGUUACCCAGCAGCUUCAUAUACGAAUACCAACACCUGCAAGAGGGGAUGUGAAUCUUGGAGCUUCCAGCUGUUCUGCCCCUGUUUCCACCAGCCCCCUUCUUCAAUGCUCAGACGCACUCAGAAUGCCAUGAUUAAAAUAGAAAGGCAAAGAACGGAACAAAUGAUACAAGAUAAGGCUCCCAGAAGAUUUUGGAGGCAUCUGAGGCUCAAUGGGGACUUUCCAGCAUUCCAGACUGCUGCCUGCAAUGGAGCUCUGAGUCACGGUCUUUGGGACUGAGGUACUGGCAGCAGCGUGAGCGCCAGGACAGCCAACCUCGCUAACCUUCGCUCUAAGCAAAAGCCCAAAAUGAGUCUGACCUGAAGUCAGAGCAGGCACUGGAGAAAGACUUCUUUGUUCAUGGAAAGAGGAAAGGAGAAGAGAGUUUCCAAUAAAUUACAACAAACUUUUCACCAUUCUAAAGAACCCACCUUCCUUAUCAACCAAGCUAUCCUAUCUAGUGACUCCUAUUCUAGCUUUUUGCCAGAAACAGAGCAUGCCAUUCCUGGUGAAAAAAUAAAGACGAACGCUCAGAAGAGUAGACCUGGGACUGUGGUACUGUCGACACGGGCAGGUGGGAGAAGCAUGUCGGGAAGCCAGCCGAGCCCCCCUGUGAUCCCGUCUCGCAGGCCUGGAUUCCGGGUGUGCUAUAUCUGUGGCCGAGAAUUUGGGUCCCAGUCACUCGCCAUCCACGAGCCCCAGUGCUUGGAGAAGUGGCGUAUUGAGAACAGCAAGUUGCCCAAGCACCUGAGGAGGCCAGAACCCUCCAAGCCACAGCCUCUCGGCGGCGGUGGGGCCUACAGUCUUGAGGCAGCGAAUGAGGCCGCGUUUCAGAGCGCCCAGGCCCAGCUCCUGCCCUGCGACUCCUGUGGCCGCACAUUCCUGCCAGACCGUCUUCUCGUGCACCAGAGAAGCUGCAAGCCAAAGGGUGAGGAUCCCAGAGCUCCAAACCCCAACAGGUCUGAUGGUCUCACUGGUCUCAAGAAAGUUUCUGGUGGAAUCUCAGCCCGACCUCGGACUCUUAUCUGCUACAUUUGUGGUAGAGAAUUUGGCACCCUGUCUCUUCCUAUUCAUGAGCCCAAAUGCCUGGAGAAGUGGAAAAUAGAAAAUGACCAGCUCCCCAGAGAGCUCCGCCGGCCACUCCCACAGAAGCCUCAGCCCCUUCCAGCUGGACAGUUGAGCCAAGAGGGAGCAAGUCCAGUUCAGCUUGUACCCUGCCUGAAUUGUGGCCGGACCUUCGCCCCAGACCGCCUCCUGGUACAUCAGAGAAGUUGUAAAGCUCAAGCUCGUGGGCCAAGAGAUCAGAAUUUGACCUUAGAGAGUAAAGGUAGCCUAAAGGAGCCCACUAAUCCCCAGCAGCAGAGGACCAUGGCAGAACCCAGUGUAGCUGACAAGCAGACAACAAUGAUAAGGCGUCCACCAACAAUUGUUUGCUACAUUUGUGGUCGUGAAUAUGGAACAAAAUCUAUCAGCAUCCAUGAGCCGCAAUGCCUGAAAAAAUGGCAUAAUGAAAACAACUUGUUGCCUAAAGAGCUAAGGAGACCAGAACCCAAGAAAACAGAAGUCAGGACCAUAACUGCCAAAGGUUUCUAUGAUCUCGAUGCCUUAAACGAAGCUGCUUGGACAAGUGCCCAGAGCCAGUUGGUUCCCUGCGAUAUCUGUGGGCGAACCUUCCUGCCAGACAGACUGAUUGUUCAUCAGCGAUCAUGUAAACCCAAAGCUGCCAAGUAAAGCCCUUUUCUCUGUGCUGAA